AUGUCAACACAACCUCCGGCCAUCCCCCCGCGGCCGUCACGCACGCCUCAGCAGCAACGGCAACAACAGCAGGGCCCACCACCCACAUCGGCACCAGACGCUCCAAAGAUCCCUCCUCGCCCGAAUAAGCUUAUCGAACGGUCUAUGUCCCCGCUACGUCAAAACUAUGCACCAUCUCCUUUGAAUGAGAAGCCCGGUAGCUCAGGUCUGAACCGAACGACCUCAAACGACCAGGUGCCACGGCCCGCCAGUGUGACAAUACCAUCUCUAGGCGAGGAGGGCAUAGAGUACGAAGAUUUGAGUGUUGGAAAGCCUGUGGAGGACCCCGAAACUCGGAAUGUCGACAGCGAACUCAAGCUUCAUGCGCCGAAGCCGUCUUUGCCGACUUCUAGUGCCGCUGCAAAGGUACAAGCUGUCACUCGGACGGACUCUCGCCAGGCGGCUGCGGCCGGUAUUGGUGCGGAAACCCCAGGGUCUGAGGAGCAACAUGAGCGUCCGGGCCGCCCGCUUCAUUCCAGAACGAUCAGUUCGCGGGAGGAGUCCUCUACUGCUUCUGCAGACCGUUAUCAUGAGGAACAUGGGAUUCCAGAGAUAGGACAAAGAGUCCCGAUGUAUCCCAACGCGGGCGAUGUGCAGGCUCCAUCUCCUGCGCCUCAUCAACUGGAACAUGGGCAGCGCCCUGGGCGUAGUCAACACCGUGCUCUCAGUGGCCGUGAAGCUUCUUUGCCCCCGGGUAGUUAUGGCCUUCAUGGCCACGGCGUGCAUAACAAUGACAAGUUUGAGAAAGCUUGGUAUGAGAAGCAUCCCGAUGAGUACGCCAAAGAAGAACAGAGCCAGCACGCACCGGGUGGUACCCCUAAGCCAGACUGGGCCUUGAGCAGUGAUGACUUGAAUAAAAUCGUUCGUGGCUCAGCCGUGACUGGAUCGGGAUUGGGAACCUCUCCUGCCGUGACAGGCACCCCAGAAGAAGAGGUCGGCUACAUGGCUUCGGACGAGUACACUCAGCGCAUGGCAUCCCCGGCACCUGACCGCAGUGUGCGUCCUGCGGUUGAGUCACCUUUGCGGAAGAUGAGCCAUCCCACCACUGAGAAGGAGAGUAAGCAAGAAUCUACGCAAGGAUCGGGCGUGAUCCACGUCGACGAGCCCUAUCACCAUAGCCAUCACCCCGAUGGAUUUGCACCGACUCCCGCGCCCGAGGAACAGACUAAAGCAGGUGAAGGUGAACGUGAGGAAGAAGAGCCCAUUCUGGCGGCCGACGAAGUGCGCCCAGAAUCAGCGUUCCAGCAUCCGGCGGUCUCUCCCACUCUUGAGAGAGGUGAUAGCUUUGAUGAGUUCCGAAGUCGGACGCCUAGCACCGGUCACAGUCGGUCCAACAGCAGAUCCACCAGCAAUCACGGUAGGCCCGCAUUGGCACGUUACACUUCGCGUGGCUCAGAGCGCGAAGACGUUCAUACGCCUUUGGAGGAUGUCGCAGAAUAUGAGCCUCUAUUUCCAGAAGACAAUAAGGAAAAGAGGCCCGUGUCGACCGCGGAACGGUUCAAACAACGGCCAGAGCUCAAGCAUAGGUUUCCGAGCCAGGACAUCUGGGAGGAUUCACCCAACAGCCUGCAUUUACACGCCACCGUCACGACGCCAGACGUACCGAAACUUGAAUCAUUUGAAACGCCAGAGCAGGAAUCUAUUCGCAGAAGCCAGGCAGCCUCUGUUGAUCCACAUGAAGUUGCUACGCACAUCCUCGAGUCGGAAGAGCAUAAAGAAGAUGAAACGAAACGUCCCAGUAUUUCUAAACAGAGAUUCCCUAGCAAAGACGUAUGGGAAGAUGCUCCUGACAGCCAACAGUUGGUGACCACUGUGAGAGCUCCCGAAGGAGCCCCUCAAGAAGCUCCUCGCGAGGUGCCUCGGGAAGCUCCUAAGGAGAGCCCUAAGGAGGAGUUGACUAGUCCAGAGGUGCCUAAAAAGCCAAGCAUCCCUGCGCGGCCUGCGAGGCGUCCGCAACUAACUCCUCCGGCGGUGGAUCACUCUACCAAGCCGGGGACUUCGCCCACCGAAAAGCGGCAGCCACCGAGCAUACCCGGCCGACCAAAGCCACAAAUCCCGGCCCGUCCAGCUAAGAAGAGCCCAGAAGAGCCAAAGAAAGAAGAGCCCAAAGAUGUCGCAGCCAAACCGAAGCCGCCGGUCCCAGCCCGUCCUGGCGGCAGCAAGAUCGCUGCGUUGAAGGCUGGCUUCUUGUCGGAUCUUAAUUCACGUUUGCAGGGCGGUCCCCCGAAGGCACCGGAGAAGAAGGAAGAGGAUCCAGUUGAAAAGAAGCCGCUCCAAGAUGCUCGCAAGGGCAGAGCUCGUGGUCCAGCACGGAGGAAGCCUGCUCCUGCGGCUGCUCCUCCCACCACGGCCCCAACAAAAACCGAAACUGCGGGCACGAAGCUUCCUACUAUCCCGGAGGUCAAGGUUGCAGAUGUGUGGAAUAUCUGGCAGAUUGACGAAAAUGGCCAGUUGGUCGUGAGUGGGCAUGACGUUAGCAAGAAGCCGGAGCCGGGGCCGGGGCCAUCCCAGCCAGAACUAUCGAAACUGGAGCCGCCACAGCCAGAGCCAUCGAAGUUAGAGCCAGCAGAGCCGGAUCGAAAGACGGAGUCACCACAAGCGGAGCCAACGGAACGCGAACCACUGCCGGAGCCAUCAAAACCGGAGCUAUCCCAGCCGGACAUCCCUCCCAUGGCCCCUGAGCUGUCUAAGAAUGUUGCUGGUGAACCCACCGAUCCCGUGCCGUCUCCUAAACUGAUACAAAUGCCUGAAUCCGAACUCGAGAAGAAGCUAGAAUCAGUCGUUGAGCCUGUGACCAAGCAAGAAGAGAACGAACCCUCUCCUGUCGAAUCCCAAGCCCCUGGGCCGUUGACCAUCGCUGAGCCUGAGAUCCCAAACAUAGCUAAAUCACCAACCACGUCCCCGACCACUAGUAACCCGGAUGCUGAGCUCCCAGCCAUUGAAUCUAAGAUCAUUGAGCCUCAGGAGACCAAUAAGCCAAGUGAAGCAACCCCUAAGUUGAAGUUGGAGGAAACUGCUGAGAAUAUGGCCGCAUCUGCCGAUGGCAAAAGGGAGUCAGAUGGUGACACUUAG